AUGUCCGAUGUGCUGCUUGCCAAGAAGUGGGAGGAUGAGGAUCCCACGGGCUGGUGGAUGUCAGAGAAGCUGGAUGGUGUCCGAGCUGUGUGGCGAAACGGCGAGUUUUAUUCACGUGGUGAUAACACCUACGUCUGUCCGGAUUGGUUCAAGCGCAAGAUGCCGGCGGGCUGUGUCCUCGACGGCGAGGUCUGGGGUGGCCGAGGCCAGUUUCAAAAGACUGUGGGUAUCGUCCGAAGCAGCAGCCGCCAGCACGAAUGGGAGUUUCUGACGUACAUGGUAUUUGACUGCCUACAAGAGGGAGGUAUGGACAUAGAGAACAAGCCGUUUGAGAUGCGCCUGGAGGCAGUCAAGAGGGCUUGUGCCGGCCGUAGUGAUGUCGCGAAACCUGUCCCAAUGGAGCGCUGCGAAAGUCGAGCAUCCUUGGACACAGUAUUGUCACAGGUCGAGAAGCGGGGAGGGGAAGGCUUGAUGCUGCGCUGCCCAGGAUCGCGAUACGAGCGCAAGCGAUCAAAGACACUUCUCAAAGUGAAGACCUUCUACGACGAGGAAGCUAUCGUGGUGGGCCAUGCUGGCGGAACUGGCAGAGUUGCGGGCAUGUGCGGUGCACUUCUGUGUGAAACCCCUGACAAGCGGCGGUUCAAGGUUGGAUCUGGACUUAGUGACGCACAGAGGCGCAACCCGCCCGAGGUGAAUGCGGUGAUCACCUACCGUUACCAGGAGCUCACCGCGGACAACAUCCCAAGAUUUCCUACGCUGGUAGGUGAGCGCGUCGACAUGACCUGGAGUCAGAUUUGCGGGGCCUAUGUCCCUCCAGGUCCCCGCAAAGAUAGUGCUCUGAAAAAGACUCAUUCUAUCCUCUUCGACGGUCCUGCUGCAGCGCCAGCGCCCAUUGCCGGUCCGCCAGCUUUGAGACGUGGAUUGACGGCCAUGGAUGCCAGGCAGCUAGGCACAGCUGAGGAGGAUUUGGACGACUUCGGAUUUGAGGACAUGAUCCCGCCUGCACCCCCUCCAGAGAAGAAGCUUCGCUUGUCGGCCGCUGCAGACAUAGCUGCAACCGCAAGCGGAAAGAAGAGUGUUUGUCCUUACGGACAAAGGUGCUAUCGGAAGAAUCCAGCCCAUUUUCUGGAGUUCGAGCAUCCAUGGCGAGAUGAGGACUCCCAUUUCUUGCCACGACACGCUCCGGAGCGAACGCGGACACAGCGCGGACUGAUAGCAUUUGAUAGCCGUCUGAUAGCAUUUCCUUGGGCAUCCCUUGGGCAUCCCUUGGAAGCAUCCCUUGGGCUCAAGGGUCCAAAGUGA